GUCACGUCUUUGCAUCUGUACGUCAUUUGUCUCAAAAGUUGGUGAGACGCUUCGUGGAGCUCAAGGCAGCAACAUAACCUGUCGCAUUAUUUCUACUACUUCGUUUACAUUUACAAUAUUUAUGCUCCAUCGCCUUCAUACUGUUAAUCCGCUGCAUUGGUUUAAUCUAGAUUAUUUCACAGUCAGGUUUGCGUCAGUAGAGGCUGCGAUACGUUCGCUGUGGUUUAGUAUUUUAAAGCCAGCUGUCCGCUUUUCCUCUCCGCUAUGCCGUCAGCCGACGCUCAACCACGAGAAUGACGCCGCAGGAGAAUAAACACGCGCUGAACGUGGAUGUGACGUAAGGAGCGGGAAUCAGCUGUGACAUCAUGGACGGCAGAAGAAGACUGUUUGCCUCCGGCGACAGCGCCUUUCUGCGAGCAGACGACGGCCCGGCUUCACUGUGGCACAGCACUCCAGUUAAAGAGAAGGGUGGUGGUUCUCCACUUGAUGGCAAACAGCCAUGUGGUCCAAGCAGAGGUUCGCCAACACAGUGGGUCCAGAGUUCUGCUGGAGUCCCAACAGAUUCCUGCUGUGGUCACAAUGUGCAAGGUGCUGAGCUUCCUGUGAAAGACCUGAGUAGCUCCACCAUCCAGAGGCAGAGGAGGGAGCUCCAGCUCCUGAUGGCCGAGCUGAAGGACAGAGAGCGAGAGCUGAACGCCAUGUCGGCUUCCCAUCAGAGACAGCACCAGGCCUGGGAACAAGACCGCCAGACUGCACUGGUGCUGGAGCAGAGGUGUUCUCGUUUGGACGAUGAGUUGCAGAGGUGCAACGAGGUGAUGGGUGUCCUGACUAAACACGUGUGGGUUGUGGAAAGCAGAGAGAAAGAGGCGCAGACGGAGCUUGGUGAUGCUAAGCAGCUGCUGUGUGAGCUGGAAAAGAAGCAGCAGCAAGUCAGCCAAAAGUGUCAGGACUACGAGGCAAAGAACCAGAGCCUCAGCUCUGCUGUCAUGGCUCUGUCCACACAAGUUGGUUCUCUGCAAGUCCGAGAGGAAGAACUGAGUUCAAUGCUCAAGCUAAAAGGCAAAGACGUGAUCGAAGCCUCCGGUCGCAACCUGGAGCUGUCGGCGAGGCUUCAGGACCUGGAGACGUCGCUGGCAGAGAGUCGCUCUCGGGAGAACAAGCUGCUGAGAGACUUGGAGGAAAUGAAGCGCCGUUACAGAGAAGCUAAGCACGAGGUCUCCCAGCUCAGAGCGGAGCUGCAGCAGCAGGUGAGUCAGAGCAGCAGGCAGAGAGAGGAGAUCAUCCGUCUGAAGCAGGAGCUCCAGCUGCUCCACACCGACCUGGCCCUGACUGGCGAGGGCGAGAGCUGGAAGGACGAGCUGCUGGAGCUGUCUCGCUCCAAGCAGGAGCGCAUCAUGUCGGAGCUGCUCUGCCUGCAGCAGGUGUGUGAGAACCAGAGGAGUGACCUGCAGCUGCUGCGGCUGAACCAAGAAAGCACACAGAGAGCUCAGAGGGAAACACACCAUCAGCGACUACCCAGCAGCCAGGACGAAUCGGCCUGUGACUGUGCGGAUGUUCGGUCCCUGCAGAACCUGAGACCUGAUCUUGAAACCUCACCAGCAGCUGCUGGCGUUCACGACUCCAACAGCAAACCUGGAGGCUUUCCAGCAAACAUGACGGAUGUUGCCGAUCAGCUGUCAGCAUGUUCUCUACAGCAGGCGUUGGGCAACUCCAGGUUGCUUCCAGGAGCUCCCGAAAGCAGCAGCAGCUUAAGACGUCACGUCUCCACAGGUUGUAAACCCGACUGUGGGACCGCUCAGCCACACACAGCCCACCACCACCCGAACACCACGAUACCCGCGCCGAGUGACGCUCCACCCAAAGCCUGCCUCCAUCACAAUGUCAGCCAGCGAGACGGAGGGGUUUGACCAAAGAGUGGAUUUCCUCUAUGAAUCAUGAACGUUCAACUUCUCCAAUCAGAGCAGCGAAUAACGGCGUUGUUGUGUCUGAGAAGAAGAGACUUUUGCUUUUACCUCAGGAAAAAAAAAUAAUAAAAUGACCUCAGUGUUUUUUUUAAUCUUAUAUUUUUAAUAUUUUGUACAAUUUUAUAAUCUAUUGUAAAUGUACUUAGUAUUUCUUUUAACCAUAAGUGGUUUUUACAUAAAGUGUUGUGUGAAGUGGGGGUGACGUGAAACCGGUCCUGCAGGGCUGAUGAGUCCUGUGCGGUCUGUCCAGUUCCACUGCCUUCACAUGGUGACUCACAGGAAAUACCUAAAGCUCUGUCUUUCUUUUACGUCUUGUUGCCUGGAUGAUCUCACACUACUUUUUUUUAAAAAAAAUAAAGAUUUAUCUUUUA